UCCCCUUCCCUCCGACACGACCCGAGCCGGGAGAUCCUCCAGCCCAGAUCAACCCGCCUAGGGCCACCCAACCCACCCACCACCAUGGCCGAGGUCGCCGGGGCCUCCAACUCCCCUCCCCCAUCCGCCUCCGGCGGCAGCGGCGACCGCAAGCGCGGCCGCUCCUCGCCCGUGCUCCCGCCGCCGCCCCCCGGCGCCCCCCCGCCGGGCGCGCAGAACAAGAGGCAGCGCCCAGAGGGAGGCGGGUUCGACCGGCGCCGCCUCGGCGGCGGCGGGCAGGACGACAGGAGGUUCGGGAAUGAUCAUGGUGGCCAGGGUCGACACAGCAACCGUGGACCAGAUUGGCAUGAUUCUGGGCGUGGUGGAUGGAACGAAGGCUCGGGCAACUCUCGUAGGGAAGGCCUGAUGUCUUACAAGCAGUUCAUGCAGGAGCUUGAAGAUGAUGUUUCACCUGUUGAAGCUCAACGCAGAUAUGAGGAGUACAAGUCAGAGUACAUUUCAACUCAGAAGAAAGCUUACUUUGCCCUUCAUAAGAAUGACGAUUGGUUGAGAAACAAGUACCAUCCUACUAACCUUGAAUCCGUUAUGGAAAGAAGGAAUGAACUUGCAAGAGCUACUGCAAAUGAAUUCUUCCAAGAUUUGCAAAGUGGAAGUUUGGACGUUGGUCCAGGAUUAACGAGUUCUGCAGCGCACAAAUCUGGAAAUAAUGACGUGAAUGCCAAUGGAAAAAAGGGGAAGUUUGGAAAGGGUCCUGAUGAUUUAUACUAUUCUGCUCCUAAGGCUCAUCCAGUUAGUUCUGAGCCUCGAAGAAUUAGCAUUGACAUUGAUCAAGCUCAAGCUCUCAUCUGUAAACUUGAUUCUGAGAAGGGUGUUGAGAACAAUGUUCUAUCUAGUAGUGAUGACGACAAAGCAGACCGGGGAUCACAUGGUUCAAUGGGACCAAUUGUGAUAAUACGGGGCGCAUCUACUGUGAAGGGUCUUGAGGGUGUUGAGCUGCUGGACACUCUUGUCACCUAUUUGUGGCGUAUCCAUGGUGUGGAUUAUUAUGGCAUGUCUGAGACAAAUGAGCCGAAAGGCCUAAGGCAUGUGAAAGCAGACUCAAGGACGUAUGAUGGGGCUAGCUCAAAUACAGCUGAAUGGGAGGAGAAACUUGAUUCAUUCUGGCAAGACAGGAUUCAAGGUCAGGAUCCAUUGGAAAUAUUGAAAGCAAAGGAGAAGAUCGAUGUAGCUGCUAGUGAAGUGUUAGAUCCAUAUGUGAGGAAAAUAAGGGAUGAGAAGUAUGGAUGGAAAUAUGGUUGUGGAGCCAAGGGCUGCACAAAGCUUUUCCAUGCUUCUGAAUUUGUCACGAAGCAUCUCAAACUCAAGCAUACUGAUUUUGUGGUGGAGCUGACUUCAAAAGUGAGAGAGGAUAUUUAUUUUGAGAACUAUAUGAAUGAUCCCAAGGCGCCUGGGGGAACGCCGAUCAUGCAACAAUCUGCUCCAAGGGAAAAGGGCAGACAUCGGCCUCCAAUUGAGAGUCGGCUGAGAGAUGAACGUGGCCAAAGAUUUGACAAAAAUGCUGAUUCAUCAAACCAUGAUGGAUCCAGUGAAAACCCUGACGAUCCAAUGUAUGAUUCUUAUGGUGAUCCGGCUGUGAAUGGUGACUUUCCAGCAGAUGCUCCUCCAAUGCUGGUGCCUGUGCCUGGUGCUGGCCCACUAGGACCUUUUAUCCCUGCACCACCGGAGGUUGCAAUGCGUAUGUUGAGGGAGCAGGGCGGGCCACCACCUUUUGAACCAGCUGCUGGUCCACGUCCUAGGAAAGCAGGAAGGGGUGGUGGUCCCCCAAUGGGUGGUCCAUCACCAAUGCUCAAUGCUCCUUUUCCUCCGAUGCAUGAUCCUCGUAUGCAAGAUCCCCGUAAAAUACGAAGCUAUCAAGAUCUCGACGCUCCUGGAGAUGAAGUGACAGUUUUGGACUAUCGGAGCCUGUAGACGUGUCGCUGUACGAUCCUUGACUCUUGGAAACCUUGGGCUAUGUCAUCACCAUGACAAGACCUCGCCCAUCCUUAGAUUCACCGUGGAGGAACACGGACAAGGCGUUAUGUUUCUUGAGCUAUGUUAUACUUUUCGGUGCUUCUCAAAUGAACCACAUGAAACUGAAGAAACUGGAAAGACUGGUGCGUGCGUGUGUGUAUUUCAAGCAGGAUUUAUAGCGCUUCAUUUUUCCCCACCUAGUUAGCACAGGUCCGCUGCAAGCUAGCUUGCUGUAUCCAGAACUCCACUGUGUUAGUCAGUCUUGUAACUUAUACACGCAAAUGGUUGGUAGAUGUAACCCCGUGGUCUGAAUUUCUUCCGAUACGUUCCAGCCUGUUAUGUUUCAGACUGAUCUAUGAACCAUGUGCUUCUAAAA